ACAGGCUCACUUUACAUUAGGCAGACUAAAACAAAGAUAGACAGACACACACACUCUGCGCAGUCUACACUACACUUUCCGUUGUUGUUGUUGUUGUUGUUGUGUUAUCUCAAUUCAAUGGCGUCCAGUCCCCGCACCGUUGAAGAGAUCUUCAAGGACUACACCGCUCGCAGAGAUGCCAUCCUUCGUGCUUUAACUCAAGAUGUUGAUGAAUUCUAUGGACUCUGUGAUCCAGAUAAGGAGAACCUGUGCCUCUAUGGACAUCCAAAUGAAUCAUGGGAGGUGACUCUGCCAGCAGAGGAGGUUCCACCUGAGCUUCCGGAGCCUGCUCUCGGAAUCAAUUUUGCUAGGGAUGGAAUGAACCGUAGGGACUGGCUUUCUCUGGUUGCCGUGCACAGUGAUUCGUGGUUGCUUUCUGUGGCAUUUUAUCUUGGAGCUCGUCUUAACCGCAAUGAAAGGAAACGGCUAUUUAGCUUGAUCAAUGAUCUUCCCACCGUUUUUGAAGUUGUCACUGAGAGGAAGCCAAUAAAAGACAAGCCCACUGUAGACAGUGGAAGCAAAUCUCGGGGUGGCACCAAGAGAUCAAGUGAUGGGCAAGUUAAAAGCAGCAACCCAAAGUUCGCAGAUGAAGGUUAUGAGGAGGAUGAAGAUGAGCAUAGCGAAACCCUCUGUGGGAGCUGCGGCGGAAAUUACAAUGCGGAUGAAUUCUGGAUUGGAUGUGAUGUGUGUGAGAGGUGGUACCAUGGAAAAUGUGUGAAGAUUACUCCUGCAAAGGCUGAGAGCAUAAAGCAGUACAAAUGCCCAUCAUGCAGCAUGAAGCGGAGCAGGCCCUAGCAACAGGCAACAUGAAUAAUGAAUGCUGUGUCAUAUCUCUUGUAGAAGUUCCUGUCAGGGGUAUAGUAUCUAUUUCUAAUGGGCAAUCUUGGAGAUUAACUUAAUUUCUUCUACAAAAUUCUUAGAGUAUGUUAUAUAAUUUAUGAAUUUGCUUCUUUGAAGUGAGAAAAGCACUUCAGAGGGAAAAAAAAUAUAAAAAUGAUAACAGUUGAUUGAAAAAUUAAUAGAGCACAUUUUAACUUCA